AUGGGCGCGUUCGGAGACUUCACCAACAUCUGCCACAUGGCGCCGCUGCCGCUGUGCUCGUCGAUCGGGCCGCGGACGCUGAUUGCCAGCGGCGUGGGCAUCGAGCCAGACUGCUAUGCGCGCAACAUUGAGCUGGCCAAUACUAUCAUUUUCCAGGGCGCGUCCAGCGCGAUGCAUAUUGUUGCGCUUGGUAUGACGGUUGUGAUGGUGCUGCAUGUGAGGGGGAAGUUUACGGCUGUUGGACGCAAGGAGAUCACCAGCUUCUUCUAUCUCUAUAUGUUGCUCACUUUCCUGUCGCUCUGUAUCGACGCUGGCGUGAUUCCACCCGGGUCAAAACCAUACCCAUAUUUUGUGGCCGCACAGUCCGGUCUGACGUCGGCGACUGUUACAUGUCUGCUUAUUAACGGUUUCGUUGGCUUUCAAUUAUAUGAAGACGGAACCCCUCUAUCAUUAUGGAUGCUCCGCCUGUGCUCGGCCGCGGCCUUCAUCGUUACCUUCCUUAUCUCGCUGGCAACCUUUCAAAGCUGGGCAGGUCUGAACCCCACCAAUACGGUUGGUUUGUUUGUGGUGCUGUACCUGCUCAACGCGGUUCAGCUAUUUGUCUACGUGGUGCUGCAGAUCCUCCUGGUUACACGCACGCUCCAGGACCGUUGGCCGCUGGGUGAUAUCGCCUUUGGCGUGUUCUUCUUUGUUGCCGGCCAGGUUAUCCUCUACGCUUUCAGCACACCCAUUUGCGAGGCAGUUAGUCACUACCUCGAUGGGCUGUUCUUCGCCACGACGUGCAAUCUUCUGGCAGUUAUGAUGGUGUACAAGUACUGGGACUCGAUCACUAAGGAGGAUCUCGAGUUCUCGGUCGGCACCCGCAUGAAUAAUUGGGAGGUCAAGGAGUUGUUGCCUGAGGAGGAUCGUCGCGCCACAGUUUACCACGACGACCCAUACGGCCACUCGACCGCUUACGACACCGGGUAUUCGUAUCCGAGCCCGAACCGGCUUUCGCGAUAUUAG